AUGGAUGAGUACUCUCACAAACAGUUGUUAUCGCUUUAUGGGCAUGACGUAAGGAAAUACAUCGAAGCCCACGAACAAUUGGAGGCAGAAUUUGAGGAAUUAAGGAUACAUGAUGAUUUUAUGAUACUUCGAAACGAGGCAGAUAAACGGGACUAUCGACAGUUGGUUUUGAGGCUGGACCCAAAGAUUCUGGAACUGUUUGCGUUGUCAGGACAGUCUGAGGAUGCAGCGGUUGGUGGUAAAAGUAAACGGAAUUUUAUUGGCAUACAAGGGUUUUCGAAAGUCAAAGAUUGUACUUUGACAACGAGGGAGCUGGAAUCUCUUGUGAAAAAACACGACCAUAGCUGGCUUUUAAAAGAUAUUCUAUUGCUGAUUAAGAGACACCCGCGGCUGAUGGAGCCUAUGAUUAAUAGGAAAUUCAAACCAAACAAUGGUAAAUCCACACCAUUUUAUUUGCGUAUUCUUGAAUUUGGCGAAAGAAGUUCAAAUGGAGCGAUUAAUGUGGUUAUGGGCGAUCAGACACAUAAAGUUUGCUGCAUUUUUCCAAGAAAAACAGUUCUGAGGCAUAUGAGUCGCGGAAAGUUGAUGAUGGGAAUGUUUGGCCUUGACAAUGGUUUUGUUGCGCAUGCAAUCUACAAUUUUGUAUUGGUAAAGCGUGCUCGAUUACGGUUUGAAGAGAGAUCAUAUAUUAGAGAUCAUUUUAAUUUACCCAAAAUCAGUUCGAAAUUGAAAUACUGCGUUAUAGAGAUUCUUGACUUUGAAUAUGUUGCUAGUGUUAAAGCAGCCUUGCAGAGAAAACUUCCAAAUUUUUGUUCAAAAGACGUGAAACAAAAUUACAACAAAGCAUUGGAGAAUGCAAAACAAACUGAUUUAGAGUCAGAUGAAGAAUUUGAAGCUGAUGAAGAGCCACUUCCAGAUGCAGAGUUGGAUUUUAAUAAGCACGAUUGUAAAUACGUCUACAAUAUUGAUCUUUACGUACGUUAUUGUCGACAGUGA